AAAAUAUCAAAAUAUAUUAGACGAUUAUCACGUUUAAUGGUCUAACUUAAUUAAAAGAGUAAAAAGUUAUGUUUUACAGCAGCAUGCACUUAAAGACCGUCGUUUUCCUAUGUUCAAUUAUAUUUAUCCAACAGACAUUGACAGCAUUGACAGCAUGGAGAGCAUUUGCAAAAUUCAUUGGAGUUGAGCAAACAGCCCCAAUUACAGAACCGGAGUUAAGAUAUUUGUAUACGGCCAUUGUGGACGAUUUUCCAAAUGAACCAGUAACACAAGAAUUGACAACAACCUAUCUCACGUAUUAUGGUUGUUCAGAUGUCGAAACUUCAGUUCGAUUUUUAAAAGAUCAACAUCAUACUGUAGAUGAAUUUGUCCAUUUGAUGCUGAAAGGUGAGGAGCACAAUGAGUUAAAAUAAAACGAAGAUUUUAACCUAUUAGUUAUUUAAUAUUCACUCGACCAGUUUUCAAAUCUUCUUGUUCAAUGUAAAUUAUUAUUUUGUUAUUAAUAAAAAUUAAAAAUUAUAUAAAUUAUUUUCCAUACCAUAAGAUUAUUACAACCCAAUGUACAAAAGUAUACUGAAAUAAACAAAUUGAUCUGUUA